GAAAAAAAGCGAUUUGACAGCUCGUCAGGCAGCUAUCCAGUGAGCCAACACAGAGCUUCCUGUAUUUAGUUUUCUUAUUUGGGCUGUUGGCCUGCUCUUACCAGACACUCGAUUUCAGUCACUGCCAUCAUGACCACCCUAGACGACAGCAAUAAGGAAAAAAUACGAUCGGUGUCUGUGGACUUAAACAAUGAUGCCUCUCUUCUCAUUGACAUUCCUGAUGCACUCUGUGAAAGGGACAAAGUUAAGUUCACUGUCCAUACAAAGACCACACUCAGCUCUUUCCAGAAGCCAGAGUUCUCUGUUCCCAGGCAACAUGAAGACUUUAUCUGGUUACAUGACACUCUGGUUGAGACAGAGGACUAUGCUGGUCUAAUUAUUCCCCCAGCACCCCCAAAGCCUGACUUUGAAGGCCCUAGAGAGAAAAUGCACAAAUUGGGGGAGGGUGAAGCCACCAUGACCAAGGAAGAGUACACUAAAAUGAAGCAGGAGCUGGAAGCUGAAUAUCUGGCUGUCUUCAAGAAAACUGUCCAAGUGCAUGAAAUCUUCCUGCAGCGACUAUCCUCUCACCCGAUUUUAAACAAAGACAGAAACUUCCAGAUUUUCUUAGAGUAUGACCAGGAUCUCAGUGUGAGAAGAAAGAAUGCAAAGGAAAUGUUUGGGGGAUUCUUUAAAAACAUGGUAAAGUCAGCGGAUGAGGUCCUUAUCUCUGGGGUAAAGGAAGUUGAUGACUUUUUUGAGCAGGAGAAGACAUUCCUUCUGGACUACUACAGCAAGAUCAAAGAUUCCACUGCCAAAGCGGAGAAAAUGACCCGCUCACACAAAAAUAUUGCUGAUGAUUACAUUCGGAUUUCUGCCACUCUGAACAGUCUUUCCUCUGAUGAUAGUACAGCGAAUAAGAAGCACUUAGAAAAAAUGUCUGACCUCUUUGAGAAACUCAGAAAAGUGGAGGGAAGAGUAGCCUCUGACCAGGAGCUAAAACUCACAGAGCUGCUAAGAUACUAUAUGAGAGACAUCCAGGCUGCCAAGGACCUUCUGUACAGACGGGCCCGGGCUUUAGCUGACUAUGAGAACUCCAACAAGGCUUUGGAUAAGGCUCGACUGAAGAGCAAGGACAUUCCUCAGGCAGAAGAGCACCAGCAGCAGUGCCUGCAGAAAUUUGACAAGCUCUCCGAGUCUGGGAAGAAGGAACUUACAAGUUUCAAGGGAAGACGUGUUGUGGCCUUUCGGAAGAAUCUCAUAGAGAUGGCUGAGCUUGAGAUAAAACAUGCUAAGAACAACGUGACUCUAUUGCAGGGAUGCAUUGACCUGCUCAAGACCAACUGAUGGUUUCACAUACCCCUGACCUACCAUCUCGAAAUGACCAGUCAUAACAGAUGAAAUCGUGGCAUCCCCAGAGCUCGGCAUGGACAUGAGUCCAUACCCUGUCUCUGAUUUCAUCAAUGGUUCUGAUGCCACUUCAAAAACCUGCACAAGGCCAAGUGUCUCGUAAGCAGAAUGUCUUGAAUGUUUACAGUGUCCUUGUACUCUGGUCCAUACUUGGUCCAUAUCCAUUAUUUAUGGAAGUCUAAUACCGUGUGAUACCAUGUGAGGCUGCCAACAUAGUCCUUCCAUUUUCCUUUUUUUUUUCUCACUUUUUGUUUUUCUUUUAGCCUCUGUAAAUUCUUCCUCUAACCCUCUCCCCCAUAUGCACAAAAAUACUAGUACCAUAGAGCCUAAUCCAUUUGAAGUUCCUUUAUUGAAUAAGAAUGAAAUACCUUUUCAAAGGUUCAGUGUGUGAUAUUUGAGUUUGCAACCAACUGAAUGCUCCCACACUUCUCUAAUGUUGGCUGCAAAAAAACAAGGAAGUUUAUAAGAGCCAGUGUUUAUUUUGUUUGUUUUUUAAGUUAAGGUGAUAUUAACUCUUGUCCACAAUCAGACCAGUAGGUGAUAGUAAUACUUCUUAACAUUGGGUGCCACCUUUCAUAAAACUGGGGGAAAAAAAGAACAAAAAGAAGUCUGUUCUGAGUUACUGUAGGAACAUGGUGGUGCAGCAUGACUCCAUGAAAGGUGACCAGCCCCCUCAGCAGAUAUAAAUGACUCAUUCUAAGGUAUCUUAAAAAAAAAAAAAAAAAAAAAAAAAAAAAAAAAGGAAUUUUCAUUUGUGGAUAAUUCUAAAUG